AUGGCUCCAGCGCGUCAACAACCGGCGCCUCCGCCUUUUAGCAAGGAUGAAAAAGUUCUGUGCUUCCAUAUGGACAUGCUCUAUGAGGCCAAGAUUAUGGAUGUCCAGCAAGGUGAGAAACCCAGUGACGGAUACAAGUAUAAAGUCCACUACAAGGGGUGGAAGAACACUUGGGACGACUGGGUCCUGGUUGACCGCAUCCGGCCUUUUGACGACGAACACAAAGAGCUGGCAGCACAGCUUCAUGCGCAAUUGAAGCAUAACAUUCAAAGGAGCACGAAACAGCCAAAGAAGGGUCUCCGAAGUGGUGCUGAGUCGGCCAGAGUUAGCGAGGAGCGAUCAGGCUCGGCCACUGUUCAAGGAGGCAGGGGAGGUAGGCGAGGAAAAGAUUGGGAGCUUGAACAGACGCUCUUUUCGUUUUACAACAGUCUUGUUCCCAGAAAGUUCUGGGCUGUAACAUGCACCAUAUGA